AAAGUUUGUUCCCGCUUGUUAUUAUUAUUGAUAUUUCAAUAGUUGUUGACACUGGAUCGUCAAAGGUUGAGCCAGUUAAUAUUUUUGAAUAUUCAGACACUCGAAGAUCUUUUUCGGUAGUAAAAUUAACAGAAGAAACGGCGAUCCAAUUGAACAAUUAACAAUCAAAAAUCUCCAAUUUUGAACAAAAUUCGUUACAAAAAAUAAUGCAAAUAUGAUCAAAAAUGAAAACUAAUCUUAAAUCGGUUCUAACUUGAAAUUCGGAUAAGCUGAUCAUUAACAAGAAGCUAAAAUUUGAUAAACACUUUUGUUCAGCUAGAAUUAAAUUUACAUCCUCAUGUAUUUCAUAUCAUGUAUCUCAUUAAAUAACAAUUAAAGGUUAAGGAUGAAAAUAUAACAGUUGAUUAAAUAUAAUGGGCACCUCCUGUUUCUGUAUGACAAUUUAACACUAAAAUAAAAGCUUUUAGUUAUCAAGACACGUUGGCAAGUAUUGAUCAGUUUUUUCAUUUGGUGACGAAGAUUAAACUCAACAAUGAUCCAUAUUGAACUUGUGAUCGUUUUAAUUGUAGCAAUUACUUCAAGUGUCCAGCCGAUUAGUCAAAUGUGUGGUAAUAGUACACAAAAUGUAGAAGACGCUUUUCGUAACGGAGAGAUAUUUAAGGACCUGAAUUUAAGUCCACCCAGUGAUGGAAUGGGCUUUAUAACGGUAACUUACGGAAAGAAACAAGUUUCUUGUGGAACAUUGUUAUCCGUUACAGACGCUUUUCUCCCUCCUACCAUAAGUUAUGUUGCCGAGUCGAGUAACAACUACACGGUUAUUAUGCUUGAAGUCGAUUUUCCAACACGAACUUCACCAGUAGGUCGAUCAUACAUUCACUGGAUGAUGUUGAAUGUUCAUGGCAGUGAUAUUGAUUCAGGAAAUGUGGCAUCUUUUUAUGAGCCCCCUGGGUAUUUAUCGAUUGCUGAGCCUCAUCGAUACGCUUUUUUGGUCUAUAAACAGUCCAACGGUUUAAUGGAACCUCGCCCUCAAAAUAUAAUCCGAGCCAAGUUUAAUGUGCGCGAAUAUGCCCAUGAUCAUGGCUUAAACAGUCCAGUUGCUGGUAAUUAUUUCUUUAUUGAAACAGUCUCGACGAAUCCAGCAAAAGUCACAAUAUAA